AUGAGCUGUCAAGCAAAUAUAAAAAAUAGAGAUCGGUCUCCCCACAAUCUGUCAGUGAAGACCAGCUUGGAGGAGGAAAUCGAGAGAGCAGAGAGCAUUCUCAGCAGGGUCCCAUCGAUCUGUGAUGACACAUCCUCGGAGCUGCAAAGAGUCGCUGCUCUCGACCCUCAUGGAGGCAGUUCAAGAAAUUCUUUUCAAAGGACCGGAGCCAUCUCAAGACUGGUGAGCCUGGUGGUGAGACUGCGGGAAUGGGCACACAGGAGUCUUUUGGAGGAGGAGGAGAGGCCAGACUCUUUCCUGGAACGCUUUCGUGGCCCUGAGCUGAGAACGGCCCCCAGUCGCAUCAGCAACACACAACUGGAUGCCAAUGGCAACAAUGCCAAAGGGAUCUUUAGGAAAAAGUGGGAUCUGUUUGUGGUGUCUCCCUCCGAUGACGUAUACUACCGCUGGUUAUUUGUUAUUGCCUUGGCGGUGCUCUACAAUUGGUUCCUUGUUGUCGCGAGGGCAUGCUUUGACGAACUACAAGUGAGCAACUACAUCUGCUGGCUGGUGCUGGACUACCUCUCUGAUGCUCUAUACAUAACAGACACCUGUGUUCGACUCCGGACAGGGUUCCUGGAGCAAGGUUUGCUGGUGAAGGACCACGCCAAGCUAAGAGACAGCUACAUCCGUACAUUACAGUUUAAGCUUGACUUGCUGUCCAUCCUGCCCACUGACCUGGGGUACAUCUCCACAGGCAUCCAUACACCACAGCUCAGGUUUAACCGUCUGCUGCGCUUCCCACGCAUGUUUGAAUUCUUUGACCGCACAGAGACACGCACCAACUACCCCAACAUCUUUCGCAUCUGCAAUUUGGUUCUUUACAUCCUGGUCAUCAUUCACUGGAAUGCCUGCAUCUUCUAUGCUAUAUCUAAGUCUUUGGGAUUUGGCUCAGAUACGUGGGUGUUCCCAAACAUCUCUAAACCCGGGUAUUCCACCUUGACUCAGAGUUAUGUCUACUGUCUCUACUGGUCGACUCUUACCCUUACCACCAUUGGAGAGAUGCCUCCCCCUGUGCGAGAUGAAGAGUACGUGUUUGUGGUCUUUGACUUUCUUGUUGGGGUAUUAAUCUUUGCUACAAUUGUGGGAAAUGUUGGUUCUAUGAUUGCCAACAUGAAUGCCACCCGUGCCGAAUUUCAAGCUCGUAUUGAUGCCAUCAAACACUACAUGCACUUCCGCAAAGUCAGCAGAGAACUGGAGACACGUGUCAUCAAAUGGUUUGACUACCUCUGGACCAACAAGAAAGCAGUAGAUGAGCAGGAAGUGCUAAAGAAUUUGCCAAACAAGCUGCGGGCUGAGAUUGCUAUUAAUGUCCACCUGGAGACCCUGAAGAAAGUACGGAUUUUUCAAGACUGUGAGGCAGGACUGCUGGUGGAGCUUGUGCUUAAACUACGCCCUCAGGUCUUCAGUCCAGGCGACUACAUCUGCAGAAAGGGCGACAUUGGUAAGGAGAUGUAUAUCAUUAAAGAAGGGAAGCUGGCUGUGGUGGCUGAUGAUGGGGUCACACAGUACGCUCUCCUCACCGCUGGUAGCUGCUUCGGUGAAAUCAGCAUUUUGAAUAUCAAAGGUAGUAAAAUGGGAAAUCGUCGGACAGCCAACAUCCGCAGCUUAGGUUACUCUGACCUCUUCUGCCUCUCUAAGGACGACCUGAUGGAGGCAGUGACUGAGUAUCCAGAUGCUAAGACCGUGCUAGAGGAAAGGGGCCGGGAGAUUCUGAUGAAAGAGGGUCUUCUGGAUGAGAAUGCUCAGAGUGGCGGGCUACAGAAAGAGGACACAGAGGAGAAGGUGGAACGGUUGGAGUCCUCUUUGGACACCCUUCAGACUCGGUUUGCCCGGCUACUCAGUGAAUACACACACACUCAGCAAAGGCUAAAGCAGCGUGUCACUCUGCUGGAGCAUUUCCUCAAUCAAACAGACUGCUGUGCAGAGGCAAAUGUGAAUGACAUGGAUGAAGGUGCAGGGACAGUCACUGAAAAUGACUCUGGGUUUGUUGCCCAUACAGAUGGAUCACCAAUAAGACUUUAG